AGGUCGGACACUGCAGGCCUUCAGCCUGGAGAUGCCGCAGGCGGUGCGCAAGCGCGACUCGCCGACGGCGGGCCUUGACGCCGUGCAGCUCACCAUGUUGGGUUCAGGGCUCAUCGGCACGCCUGACGUCAACGAGGAGGAGAUCGCGGCGUGCCCCAAGGGCGGCGCCUGCAUGGUGCUGGGAAGCUGCUCGGGGGCGGCGCCUAGCUUCAAAGAGCGGCACCCAGGCGACAAGACAGACAAGUCAGGCAGGAACCAGCGCAGCGAGUGGCUGCGGGCACCCCAUCCUGGAGGCAGGCCACGAGCGGGCAGGCGGAGAGUGAAGGAAGAAGGCAUCCCAGCGCUGCAUGCCCAGGAGCGGUGCCUGGAGUGGCUCGGCAUCGCAACGGAGAUAGCCGCUGGCGCUCUGUCCGCUGCGGGCGGCGCGGGCAACGCUCCAGCGGCCGCCGCUGCGUCUGCGGCCGCCGCGGGCAGCCAGUGCAAGGCCCCUGCGGCUGCGCCCGCGGCUGCGGCCGCUGCUAGCCAGCCCCUGCGGAGUCCUGCUACGGCGAGUGCUGGGCUCCUCGGCGCCUUCAGGAUCACCGAGGAGGUGCCCCCCGCUGCGGCCAGCGCAGCGGUUGACGCCCUGGAGGGCCGCAGGGUGAGCCGCCGUUGGCGCGCCGCGGCGCUCGGUCCGUGAGUGAGUGGAAGUUUGGCAUCGGUGAGGCUCGCGCUUGCUGCUCUCUGUCGUGAGUAGGCUCCUGUGGCCCUCGGUGCCUGCUCGGGCUCGGCGUCUCUCGGGGGCGUGGGUCCCGUCUGGCCCUGUCCGUGUUUUUUCUGGGAGGGGGCCCAAGGCGGCUUCCUCGGGAGGGGCGGCCCCUCCGCGGCCCCCCUCUUUUUUUCUUGUCCAGCCUUUAAGACCCCACCAACCAACCAACC